CUGCUUUGUGAAAAGUUGGUAUCUUCCGAUUAAUGGCGUAGCUCGCGGAAGUCGCCCGGUGUUUGUACCACUUCCGUCUUUUGCUCCAGCGGGUACACAGAAAUGACAGCGACUCUACGUCCGUACCUGAAUGCGGUGCGUGCUACACUGCAGGCAGCUCUCUGUCUGGAAAACUUCUCCUCACAAGUGGUUGAAAGACACAACAAACCAGAGGUUGAAGUCCGGAGCAGUAAGGAGUUGCUGCUUCAGCCUGUUGUAAUCAGUAGGAACGAAAAAGAGAAGGUUCUAAUAGAAGGUUCCAUCAACUCUGUGCGAGUCAGUAUUGCUGUCAAACAGGCUGAUGAGAUUGAAAAGAUCCUGUGUCACAAGUUCAUGCGCUUCAUGAUGAUGAGAGCUGAGAACUUCUUCAUCCUGCGAAGAAAAGCUGUGGAGGGAUAUGACAUCAGUUUCCUAAUCACUAACUUCCACACAGAACAAAUGUACAAGCAUAAGUUAGUGGACUUUGUCAUCCAUUUUAUGGAGGAGAUCGACAAGGAAAUCAGCGAGAUGAAACUGUCCGUCAACGCCAGGGCUCGCAUAGUUGCAGAGGAGUUCCUCAAAAACUUUUAGGAAAUGUUCAGUACACCUUCUGCUGGCUGCAAUACCUGUGUCACCUUGGUCGCCUGAAAAAAAAAGAUGGAGAUCUGUGGGGCCAGUGAGGAAGUAGUUAAGGUGCAAUUUGAUUCCUGGACCACCAGCAAGGGUGGAACAGCUGGAACCAGAGGGUGCCGCCUGUCACAGGAAGGAAUUCAGAGUAUUGCAGUAUUGUAAUUUAAGAGCAAAGUAAUGGUUUUCACAGACAGGCGCGGUACUUCUUUUGUUGUUCCGUUUUAUUCUUUGUUUGACUAUUUGCCAUACUAUCCUUGCACUUUUUUUUUUUUUUUUUUUUUGCUAAUGGCCUAAUUUUGUUUUAAAAGUAUUUUGUUUCUUCACACUCUGUAAUUCCAUUUGUGUAUUCUGUCUCUCUUCAUCUUAUCCCAAAUCUCUCUGUUAUUGUUUAGUAGUAGUAAAGCGCUCAUGACGUUGCAAUAUUCUGAAUAUGCCUCAGCUUUUCUUUGUUCUCAUGAAUAUUAAUGAGCAUGUACUGUACAUAUUAAAAGGAUAGACUCAUUUUACCUCUGCCUUUCUUACAAACCUUAAAAUCAGGGUGGGUCUAUACAAAUGAAACCUCAUUGAUACUCAUGUGCACAAAGGAAAAUGUUCAGUGUCCAAUAAUUUAAACAAUUUGUUUUGUCAGUGUUUUUUUUUUUUUUUAUAUAAAUAUGUCCUGUGUUCAAAUGACCAUUUUUCAUGUUUUGAUAUUUUAAAAAAACCUCACGCUGGUGCACAUGGAUCUUACAAACCAUAUCAGUCAUGGCAAAAUAAUUAUGACAAGGCUAAAUAAAUACCCUUCUGCUUGUA